UUAUUAUUUUAUCCAAAAUUUUGGCUCAAAUUUCGUUUUCUCUUUCUUUCUUCUCCUAUUCUCGCGUGCGCGCUUUGAGUUGGUUCUCGUUGAAUUGUGAACUCAGCAGCACAAGCUCCUUAAUUGUUUUUGUUCACUUUCCACCUCAAAUUCAAACAAACUAUGUGAGCAGCACACCUGUUUUGUUCUGUUUCAUGUUUUUUCUGUGUUGGUUGUUGUGCUGUUAUUUGGAUCUCUGAAACAUGAAUCUCGGCAACGGCAAGGGACCCAUGUCGACGACGGUUACUUCAAGUGUGGCUAUGAAAUCCGGCGACUCUGUUUCCGACCAGUUUCCGGCGGGUCUGCGGGUUCUGGUGGUUGAUGAUGAUCCCACGUGCCUCAUGAUUCUUGAGAAGAUGCUGCGCACAUGUCUCUAUGAAGUUACCAAAUGUCAUCGAGCGGAGACUGCACUCUCACUCCUUAGAGAGAAUAAAAAUGGGUUUGACAUUGUUAUUAGCGAUGUACAUAUGCCCGACAUGGAUGGAUUUAAGCUUUUAGAGCACAUUGGGUUGGAGAUGGAUCUUCCGGUUAUUAUGAUGUCUGCAGAUGAUGGUAAAAAUGUUGUUAUGAAGGGUGUAACACAUGGUGCUUGUGAUUACCUAAUCAAACCUGUUCGCAUAGAAGCUUUGAAGAACAUAUGGCAGCAUGUGGUUCGCAAGAGAAAGAAUGAGUGGAAAGAUACGGAGCAAUCAGGUAGUGCUGACGAAGGAGAUCGACAGCAAAAGGCAUCUGAUGAUGCAGAUUACUCAUCCUCAGCAAAUGAAGGCACUUGGAGGAACUCAAAGAAGAGAAGGGAUGAAGAAGAGGAAGCAGAGGAGAGAGAUGACACAUCCACAUUGAAGAAGCCACGGGUUGUUUGGUCUGUUGAGCUUCAUCAACAGUUUGUGGCUGCUGUGGAUCAAUUGGGAAUUGACAAGGCUGUUCCAAAAAAAAUUCUGGAAUUGAUGAACGUCCAUGGGCUCACUAGAGAAAAUGUUGCCAGCCAUCUCCAGAAAUACCGAUUGUAUCUUCGAAGGCUGAGUGGAGUUUCUCAGCACCAGAGUAACUUGAACAACUCCUUUCUCAGCCCACAAGAGGCAACAUUUGGGACAAUGCCUUCAAUUAAUGGAAUUGAUCUUCAAACUUUUGCAGUUGCUGGUCAGCUCCCAGCACAAAGUCUAGCCACACUUCAAGCCGCAGGGCUUGGUAGAUCAACUGCAAAAGCAGGCGUCCCCAUGCCUCUAAUGGAUCAAAGAAACCUUUUCAGUUUUGAAAAUCCAAGGUUAAGAUUUGGAGAAGGACAACAACAACAUUUAAGCACUAGUAAACCAAUGAACUUACUUCAUGGAAUACCCACCAACAUGGAGCCAAAGCAGCUUGCCAAUUUGCACCAGUCUACCCAAUCCCUUGGCAGCUUGAAUAUGCGAGUCAAUGCUUGUGCUACACAGAGCAACCCCUUAUUGAUGCAGAUGGCACAAUCCCAACCUAGAGGUCAGAUGCCAAGUGAAAAUACUGGUCCUCGUGUUCCCAGACUUCCGUCAUCUUUGGGGCAGCCAGCUGUACCAAAUGGAAUUUCUAAUGGUCUUCUGGGCAGAAAUGGGAUUGUCGCUAGUAACAGAUCACCUUCUUAUAAUUCUGUUCCACUGAGUUCUUCAUUAUUGAGUUUUCCCAUGAAUCAAAGCACUGAAAUGUCUGUCAGUAGUUUCCCUCUUGGAAGCACUCCAGGUAUAUCCAGUAUCACAACAAAAGGCUCGUUUCAAGAGGAAGUUACUUCUGGAAUGAAAGGACCUGGUGGAUUUCCAACUUAUGAUAUUUUUAAUGAACUACAUCAUCACAAGUCCCAUGAUUGGGACAUAACAAACCCAGGCCUGACGUAUAAUGCCUCCCAGCAUGCAAAUCCUUUACAAGGUAACAUUGAUGUUUCACCAUCAGUUUUAGUCCAUCAGGGCUUUUCUUCUACCCAACAGACUGGACAAAGCAGAAAUGCCACUUUGACUGGAAAAAAUAGGUUCUCUCUGGGAGAAGGCUUGGAACAAGGUAAUCUCCAAAGUUCUGGACAACACCUCAAUACGCUUCUUGUUGACAAUUCAAUAAGGGUUAAGGCGGAAAGAAUUCCUGAUGCAAGCUCACAGACUAACUUCUUCACAGAGCAUUAUGGACAAGAGGAUCUUAUGAGUGCACUUCUGAAACAGCAGGAAGGCAUUGGACCAGCUGAGAAUGAGUAUGACCUUGAUGGAUAUUCUUUGGACAACAUUCCUGUUUAGAACAGACCCUUGCCAGUUCUUUCUGAUUGCAGUUGCUAGUGUAAAUAGUUUCUGUUGCACAUGCACCGUAUCAUUUUGCAAUUAGCUGUUUUGGAGCUGUUCGACAAACAGAAUUUGGUUGAUGUCAAAUAUUCAGACUUCUGGGAGUAGCAUGCUAUGAUGGUUUUGCCUGGAAAAGUAAUGGAUCAAGAUGAAUCAACCACGAAACUCAACUGCAUAAAUGCACUAGGCAUGUGCAAUUUUUGACUGCCUAUUUAUUAGCAAAAUUCAUAGCAAGCUUCUAAUUUUAGGGUGUUCUUGAAGGUAUGUUGUCUUAGGGAAGAAUUUCGGAAGCAAGGUUUUGAUACAUCUGCAGACUCGUAGGAGCAUUUUUAACGUCAAUAACAUAUUAUGAAAAAAAAUUUCUUUUGUUACUUUUGCAAUUUAUGUUCUUUAAAGUAAAUUACUUCCGUAAGCAUGUAAAUAUUUCAUUUGGUUGCUUAAGACAUUUGGUCUCGUUAUUCUUUUCUAGUUGUUUAUGUACUUAGAUACUUUUGUGCUUUUAUGAUUCAGCUGUAGUUGAUAUGCUUUGUUCAUUAUGUUAUGCAUUCUUUGUACAUGAACUUGAUUCGGUACUCU